AGUUAUUCAGACAAAAUCAAGAAAACAAUCCUCCGAAAUGCAGGAGAAGGGAGAAAUGGCGAACAAUGGUAACUCUAAAGACAGAAACCCUAAAAAAGCUAAUUUGAUGGAUCCUCAUUCCAUCAAACAUCUUCUUGACGAAUCCGUUACAGAGAUUGUUGCCAGUCGCGGAUAUGUGGAAGAUGUGAGGAUGAGCAAUAUAAGAUUGUUUAUGGGAACCAUUAUCGUAAUCAUUGCUCUCGUAGCUCAGUUCUACCCGAAGAAGUUCCCUGAGAACAGAAAUUUUCUAAUCGGAUGCAUCAUAUUGUAUAUUGUCCUCAAUGGAUUGUUGCAGCUGAUCAUAUUCACUAAGGAGAAGAACGCUAUCGUAUUCACCUAUGCCCUCCCUGGUUCCUUCAAUAGCACUGGGCUGGUAGUUUCUUCCAAGUUGCCAAGAUUCUCUGACAUGUACACAUUGUCAAUAGCCAGUGCAGAUCCAAAAUCAGUCUCUGCCAGGAAACCUGUUGAGUUCACAAAGAGCGUCACUCAAUGGUUCACCAAAGAUGGAAUUCUGGUGGAGGGUCUAUUCUGGAAAGAUGUUGAUGGACUAAUCAACCAAUAUACUGGAGAAUACAGGAAGAACAAGUGAAUGUGUAUCUGCUUCAUGCGGUGGAUUUGGGCCAGAGGGAGGAAAAUAUUUUCAGCUACACAGGGAAACUUGAUAAAUCUCCAUAAUCUGUUUCUGCUGAGACACAAGCACCCACUC